AUGGGGAGUGUGAGCCGCACCCAAACCGCUAUAGUUGGUACCGACGGAGGUACAUUGGAGUUGUCCCACAGGGCUCCCGUGCCAGAGUUGAAGGGCGAUCUCGUUCUCGUUCGUGCCAAGGCAGUCUCGAUCAAUCCAGUCGAUGCCAAGAUGAUGGGCCCCUACGUGACGCCUGGAGCCAUCUCUGGAUGUGACUUCGCCGGAGUAGUGGAACAACUAGGGCCAGAUGCCGCCCAGCAGGGCAUUGACGUGGGGGACCGGGUAUGCGCGGCCAUAAUGGGCCAAGACCCUCUUGAACCCGCUCUCGGUGCCUUCGCUGAGCACAUUGGAGUCCGUGCUGCCGGCCUGAUCAAGCUCCCAGAUGCAGUCAGCUUCGAGCGUGGUGCGGCGAUUGGGACGAGCUUUAUGACCGCCGGGCUGGCGCUCUUCAAGAGCCUCGGGCUCCCCGGGCAACCACUACAGCCCAGCAAGAAACCCUUACCGGUGCUGGUCUACGGCGGCUCCACGGCCACGGGCACUGCCGCUAUCCAGCUCCUGCGGCUGGCAGGGUUUGUUCCCGUGGCGACUUGCUCGCCGCACAACUUCGAGCUUGUUAAGAGCUACGGCGCGGCGAACGUAUUUGACUACCGUGCGCCUAACUGUGCUGCCGCGAUCCGUGCGCACACCCGCAAUGAGCUUAAGUACGCUCUCGACUGCAUCACGACGGCGGAAAGCAUGGGGAUAUGCUACGCGGCACUGGGUCGUGCUGGUGGGAGGUACACGGCACUCGAUCCAUAUCCGGAAACGGUAGCGGCGACGAGGAAGAUUAUCAAUCCCGACUGGGUUCUCGGGCCUGUGAUGCUGGGCAGAGCGAUUGCUUGGCCACCACCUCAUGGACCCCGUCCUGCAGAUCCGGAAAUGCUGGCUUUCGGGAUGUGUUGGAGGAAGACAAUUCAGGACUUACUCGGUCAAGGGCUCAUUCGCGAGCACCCGUUAUUCGUGCAGCCGGGCGGGCUUGAUAGAGUCCUUGUCGGCAUGGACGCGCUGAGGGCAAAGAAGGUUUCUGGCAAGAAGCUGGUGUACCAGAUGCCACAAUAA